UAAGUGAAUAAAACACCUAAAGAGCUAAGAUAAAUCGCUAUUUCAGGACGCAAGAGUUUGUAAUGCCAACCGUUGACCCUUUUGUCAGGGACCCUUUCUUAACCCCUAACCCUCACCAACCAAAAGUUUUCCGACCACAGACCCCCUCUCUUUUCUCUGCCUCACAAGAUAAAUAUAGCACAUAGUCAUCCUGCACAUCUUGUGCGUACAUACACAGACAAGAGGGAGAGAAAAAAAGCCUCAUAGUUCAAACCCUGAAUAUAAAAGCCAGUCGGACUGAGAAUACCCACAGACCACCGUGGUCCACUAGUGAGAAAGAGCAGCCCAAAAGAGAUAACUGUAGAGGAGAGCAAGACAGAGGCUGGCUGCAAUAAUUCAGACAUUGUUUGGACAAGACCUGCCUAAAGCCAUUUUUGAUUUUCCCUUUAUGACCAUUCUGGUCUCAAGCCUUGCUCUGUAAAAGGAUAUUGAUUUACUCCCACUGAAACUUGCAAACACUAAUGAGCGUGAGCAGCUCUUCUGCUUCUCGAUCGGAGCGCAGUUUUCACCAGACGUCCUCAUCUUCAUCCUCAUCAACCCCAUACAUGGAGAAAAGCAGGGGGCUGUUUGCUGAGGACUUUGGAUCUUUCAUGUGCCCCAAGGAUGCAUUGGGUUUUCCAAGUCUGACUGGGACACCGGGAAACAUCAAAACUCUAGGUGACACCUACCAGUUCACAGUAGAUGUCUGUGAUUUCUCUCCGGAGGACGUGAUUGUUACCACCUCCAACAACCAGAUUGAAGUUCGUGCAGAAAAGCUUGCCACAGAUGGCACAGUGAUGAACACUUUUACCCAUAAAUGCCAACUACCGGAAGAUGUGGACCCCACUUCUGUGACGUCUUCCCUGGGGCCUGAGGGGACGCUCACCAUCAAAGCUCGAAGGCAUCCAGCUAAACUCGAACACGCACAAACAUUUCGCACGGAAAUCAAAAUCUAGACCUUAUUUAUAUCCACUAUUUUCUUGUGAUUCCUUGUCUAAGCUAUACUUAUUUUCUUUAUACUUAUCCCAACCUUUUCAUUUCCACAUAGUUGUCCACAGUAGGACUAUAAAUAAACUACCAAAGGGAUUUUCCAAUUUGAUCUCAUGAGAAAUUUGUAAGGAUUUGAAUGAACAAGGGCAAUGUUGUUGCAGUUGGUCUGAUUUCAUACAAGUAAGAAAAGCAAAUGGUACAAAUUUUCAAGUGUUGAGAUUAUGUUGGGAUUUUCUUUGAAAUGAUCAAAUACAUUUGAACAGUUAGGAAGACAUUUCUUGUAAGUUAUAGGUCACAUCAAAAUUGGACUUUGUAGAAUGUAACUGUAAAGACUGCCUUUGUGUGAAUAAAUGUAUAUAAACAUCAAACUAGUCUAUACAAACUCACCACUGUUUGGAAUAAAAAGUGCAUCAAGGCUG